UAAACAAGUGCGGUUCGUUGCAAAGAUCAAUAAUAAAUAUCUGUUUAUUGUGGUUACGUUCGCUGUGAAUCGUGCAGAAUUGAAUCGAAAAUGAGUCGGAGGAAGAAGGCGAAGGUUGAGUACAGGGAGAUGGAGGAUAAAUACAAUAACCUCGAAGAAGAGAUGGAGGCUGCAGACAGCAGACCCAGGGUUACAUUGAAUGAGAAGAAGCAGAGUCCGACAGUGAGAGGUCCAAAGAAGGAUGUGAAAAAGGAGGAGGUGAAACGAGAGAUCAAAAGGGAUGAACCAAAGAAGGAUCUGAAGAAGAGUGAUGUGAAGAAAGAAGAGAUCAAAAAGGAUGAAAGCAAGAAAGAGAUUAUUAAAAAGGAAGACAGCGCUAAGAAAGAGGUGAAAGUGGAUGAGAGAAGGAAAUUUGAUGAAGGGGAAUCUGAAUUGGAUGAUCCUAUUAUUAAGGAUUUAUUCUCAGGAUUGGAAGGAGCAGCUUUCCAGAGCAGAAUGCCUUUUGAUAAAAUGACCUCUACAGAGGCUGCUUGCUUCCCGGACAUCUCACAAGCAGCACUGCAGACUGUCAAGGUGUAUUUGCAUAUAAGGAACAGAAUUUUGCAGCUUUGGCUGGAUAAUCCUAAGCAGCAGCUUAUUGUUGAACAGGCCAUGGAGAAGGUAGAACCUCCUUUUAACAGUGAUGUCACUUUGCUUAAAAGAGUGCACACGUUUUUGGAGAGGAAUGGUUUUAUUAAUUUCGGGGUAUUCACGAGAUUGAAACCUUUACCUAAACAGAAGUAUGGGAAGGUAAUUGUCAUUGGAGCAGGUAUUGCUGGGUUAGCUGCUGCUCAGCAACUGCAGCAAUUUGGUCUGGAAGUUAUCGUAUUGGAAGCUAGAGAUCGCGUCGGUGGACGCAUUGCCACUUUCAGAAAAGGUAAUUACAUUGCGGAUUUGGGUGCGAUGGUUGUAACUGGUCUUGGAGGAAACCCUGUGACUGUUUUGAGUAAGCAGAUUGAUAUGGAGCUGCACAGGAUCAGACAAAAAUGCCCACUAUACCAGUCCACUGGCGUCACAGUGGACAAGGAUAAGGACGAGAUGGUGGAGAGAGAAUUUAAUCGACUGCUUGAAGCAACAUCCUAUUUGUCUCACCAAUUGGAUUUCAAUUACGCCGGCAAUAAGCCGGUAAGCCUCGGGCAGGCCUUGGAAUGGGUUAUAAAGCUUCAGGAGAAGCACAACAAGGAGAAACAGAUCCAGCACUUGCAGGCUGUAAUAUCGCUGCAGGACAAGUUGAAAAGCAAUCAGCAGCAUCUGGUUGAGGUGAAAGAAAAUAUGAAGGAGAUGAAUGUGCGGCUCAAGGAAUGGGAGCUGAUCGAGAAACGGGAUAUUAAAACGGAGUUUCAAUAUCGUUGCACUUUAAAGGAUCUUAAAUCUAGCUCUAAGGAAUGGGAUCAGCUGCAGGAGCAGGCGCAGGAGAUCGAGGAGAAGCUUAAAGCUUUGGAAUCAAAUCCACCCAGUGAUGUAUACCUUUCAUCGAAGGACCGACAGAUUUUGGAUUGGCACUUCGCUAAUCUCGAGUUCGCAAAUGCAACGCCUUUAUCCAACCUAUCGCUGAAGCACUGGGACCAGGACGACGACUUCGAGUUCACCGGGAAUCAUUUAACAG